AUGGAGGCCCACGUGGAGGCAGGACUCCCCGAGAAAAACCUGUCACCCAUCCAGUGCUCAGCCCUGGCCUACAUUUUGCUGAUGUCAUGGGAUUCGCUGGAUGUGCUCGACCUGAAGAGGAAUUACCUGUCAGAUGUGGGGCUUCUUCGGCUGCUACCGGUGGUCAGGCUCUGCAAAGAGGCUCUACUUGAUAGCUGUUUCCUCACAGAGCGCUGCUGUGAGGCAUUGACUACUGCAAUGACAUUAAGACUGAAAGUGCUGGACCUGUGUGGAAACAGCCUGUGUGACACUGGAGUGAAGGUGCUCUCUGCUGGACUGAGACACUCCAACUGCAAACUGGACACACUGAAGUUGGCCAGCUGCAAACUAACUAUGAAAUGCUGUGAAGCACUCGCUACAGUUCUCUGCUCAGACUCUUCCAACCUGAGACUGAGAAAGCUGGACCUGAGUAAUAAUGAUCUUGAGGAUUCGGGAGUGAAGCUGCUCUGUUUUGGACUGGGGAACCAACACUGUAAACUGGAGACACUGAGACUGUCUGGCUGCAGAGUCACAGAGGGAGGAUGUGUUGCUCUGGAUUCUGCUCUCUGUUUGAACCCAUCACACCUGAGAGAUCUGGAUCUGAGCUACAAUAACCCAGGGGAUUUAGGACUGAAGCUGCUCACUGCUCGACUGGAAGAUCCCAAAUGUAAACUGGAAAAAUUGAACCUGGACCAUCAUGGAGAGCACAGGAACACAGCAAGUCAUCGAAAAUAUUUCUGUCACCUCACAUUGGACCCAAAUACAGCAAGUAGAUGCCUCUUGCUGUCUCAUGAGAACCGAAAAGCAACGCUGGGCUGGGGUGCUGAAUGGCCUUAUCCCGACCACCAGGAGCGAUUUGACUGCCUAGACCAAGUGCUGUGCAGAGAGGGUCUCUCUGGCCGUUGUUAUUGGGAGGCCGAGUGGAGCGGCAGUUGGGUUUUCAUUGGAGCAGCCUACAGAAAAAUGUGCCGCAAAGGAAAGGGCGAUAGCAGCCAACUUGGACGGAACCAAAGCUCCUGGGGCUUGUACUGCUCUGGAGAAAAAUACGUGGUCUGUCACAAUAAGGUGUGUACUGACCUGGCAGGCCCCAUCUCCCACAGGGUUGGAGUGUACCUGGACUGGGCUGGUGGCACACUGUCCUUCUACAGUGUCUUGUCCAAUGAGCUGCAAUUCCUGCACACAUUCCGCUUCACAUUCAUUGAGCCCCUUUAUCCUGCGUUUAGUAUCGGGUUCUUGAUUAAAGCUCAUAAAGCCUACCGGCUGGACAGCUGGACGGAAUCCUCCUCUAUCUCUCUGUGCAGUCUGGGCUAG